UCAAGGAGAUUGCAUUUUAGUUUGGAGGGAGAUUUCCGAAGGAAAACGCGUGCCUUGCUCGAAGUGCCGUUUAAUUCCAUUUAAUUUUAUUCUUAGUAACUAGAAACGUGUGAGGUGUGCAAAGAUGUUAAUGAAAGUGUGGCCGAUUUUCCUUUUAAUACAGACUGGCUGGUGUCAGAAGGAGGAUAAAGAUUGGGAGAUCGCAGUGGUCAUCAACGACCAAAUCGAAUUACUGGAAUCAAACGGCGCUCUAAUUGGCUCCACUGUGGAGCAAUUCACCAAACUGAAGGCCCUCACAUUCGACAACGUUCGUCACCAGUUCAUCGUGAGCGACAUGGACCAAGAAAACGACACGAUUUUCACCGUGCAACUGACCAAGGAGACUGAAAUCACCCCCAUCAUCCCCGAUCUGCCGGACGACGUCCAGGGCUUGGCAAUCGACCCGAUCGAGGACGUUCUCUACUGGACCAACUCGAUCAACAAGUCCAUCAACUACGUCUACCUCAACGAUUCGGUUUUCGAGCCGCAGCUGCUGUUUGAGUUCAGCGACGUCACCCCUCAAGACAUCACGAUCGACGUCUGUCGAAGGCACAUUUACUGGACCAAUUCGGACAUCUACCAUCCGACGAUUGAGCGCGCGCUGUUGAACGGCUCAAACCGCGAGGUUCUGAUCGACUCCGAUCUGAGGCAACCGGCCGGCAUUGCCAUUGACUAUCGCAGUCGCCGCCUCUAUUGGGCGGACAUGAGGGAGGGCAUCUACUAUCGCAUCGACAGCUCGAACCUGGACGGCAAAGAGAGGGAAAUUGUCUACGAAGGCACUCAUACCAAGCCCUUUGGUAUUGCUGUUGACGAAAACGCCGUCUACUGGACCGACGUUAAUAACAACGCCUUAUGGAGAUUCUUCAAAUCGGACUCCAGAGAUGCGGCCCCAGAGAAAAUCCGCGAAUUUCCUGAGCGCCCCAUGGGGGUAAUCACGAAAAACCUCCAAAUCAAAAGCUACCCGGACUGCAAGGAGCUGGAAGUGGCCGUAGAGAACUACCGCGGCCCCGAUAAGGAAAGCUUUAAUAUAGUGGUGCCUGAAGCGGCGGCUCCUGCCCUCGAGUGCCUCAAUGGCGGCACCCUGGUGGGCAGCUUCUGCAAGUGCCCCAGAGGCUACACGGGGCGCUUUUGCGAGAUUGAAAAUUGCCACAAUUUCUGUCUGCACGGGUUCUGCCAAGUGUCGGCCAAGGGGUACCCUCAGUGCCACUGCCCGCGAGGCUUCGGAGGCACCAGAUGCGAGCUGAACCUGUGCUCGGGCUACUGCCUCAAUGGGGGCACCUGCAGCUACUACAGGGGCGACUUGGUGCCGACCUGCCAGUGCCCGGACCACUAUAUGGGAAGUCGAUGUGAAAUCCGCACCGACUUUAACAGCUUGUGCGAGCUGUACUGCAAAGAGAGCGUGAACCAAGAGGACCAUCUACUGUCCAAAGACCGAGCUUUUAUAUGCAGAUGUGAAGCCGACAGAUUCGUGAUUUCCAAGAACAACCUGACGCUGCCGGCGUUAUACGCGCAGUCGGCUUCCAUGUACGGGCCCAGUUUUAUAGACAAAGUGACCAACGACAGCGACUUCACCACCCUGGUCCUAAUUCUGGCCCUAUUCAUCAUUCUGAACGUCGGCCUGCUCGUCUACCACAUCACAACCCGCCACAAGCGCCCCAUUAUCCGAAAGCGGGUGAUUGUCAACAAGAAUAUCACCCCAUUAACGUAUCGACCACAGCCCACUACUGAACAAUGCGAAAUCACCAUCGAAAACUGUUGCAACAUGAAUGUUUGCGAAACGCCUUGUUUCGAGCCGUCAUCGUUUCGAGGAAAAAUGCGGGAGGACAAGAAAGUGCUGCUAUCUGAGAUGGAAAACGGGGAGGAGUCCUCCUGAACCUCCCCGCCGGCGAAGGAGUAGGCUGUGAUCGUGAAGUAUUAGGGCUGACCAUUGAGAUCAAAUUGAAGAAUGAGUGGCAAGAGUGAAUUCGGACACUAACGCGGCCUUAAUGGCCAGCCUCCUUUGUUAAGUUUCUAAAAUCUUUAUAUAUAAAACAAAAACGUGUAAAUUCUUAUGAAUGUCAGUCUGGGUAUUUUGAAUUGGCGCUUUUGUGAUUACUGAUCAGGGCCGGGAAUUAUCGCCACUUUUGGGCCCAAUUUCCCGCUCUGAUUGCCGAAUCAGAGCAAUGACAAGAAAGACAGUUUUAUAGUUCCUUUUUCCAAACCAUGUUAUUUAUUUCAUAUUCAAUUUGGGUUGAAUCUACGUGGAAAGUUAAGCCCUGAACGCACUUUCUCGGCUUAACUUUCCUCGUUGGCCCGCCCAUUACUGACCAGUUUUAUGGUUCUUUAAUCGCCAUUUACCUGCCUGUUAACAGUUUCACUUAGUUAUUAUCGCCAUGUGAUAGACACAGUGACUUAGGGCUUUUUGUUUCCGCAAUCAAAGUACUUAUUUCACCAAGAAUUUUAUAGUUGACAAUGAAUUGUCAUUAAAUGCCCUCAAGCUGGCUGCUUCUGGCAGGCUUCGUACACUUGCAAGGGCUGUUUGCGUCACUGAUCGAAUAGUUUUGCUGCCCAUUUACUCUUAAACUCGAAAUCCAACAUUCAGCCCUAAAGUGUGCCAGCCGCUUUGGGUCGUGCUGUUCAUUAGUCUCGAAGCUGGGCAGCAACUUUGUUAUUUAUUGCAAUACUUUGAAUAGUUUUUUUUUAGUUUUUUCAAGCUAGGGUAGGCUAGUUAUGUAAACUUUGUGGCUCUUAAUAUCCACGUGAGAAAUGUGAUAUUAUCCGACAAUGUUAAGGUUUAUCUUUAUGAAAUAGUUUUAUAAAUUCAUAGAAUAAAACGAUCUGAAAAUUA